AACAGCAAAUGUUGAAGCAUGGAUAUCUGACUUAUACAAGAUCCUGUGCCUGGCUGGGCUACUCAGAUCAGCAGUUAAAACAAUUACGCACCUAGGCCUUGAGAAAAGGCUGGACUAUGUUCAAAGUAAAGGUGGGUGCAGAUCUGCAGGAUGAUAUUUGCAGACGCAGAUUUGUACGAAAAAUGAUCGGCGCAGACAAAAUAACGAUGCUGGAUGCAAACCAACAAUGGGAAAUAAAGGAAGCAAUAGAGUGGGUCACUAAACCAGCUGAGUUUAAACCCUUGUGGAUUAAGGAGCCAGCUUUUCCAGAUGAGGGUAUGCACGUCCAGAGGGGACAUGCAACCAUUUCAAAGGCCUUAGAACUGCUAGGAAUUGGUGUGGCAACCAGAGAACACUGCCACAACCGAGUGAUAUUUAAACAGUUUCUGCAAGCUAAGGCCUUGAGUUAUCUCCAAAUUGGCAGCAGCAGGCUGGGAAGUGUGAAUGAAAACUUGUCUGUGCUGCUGAUGGCCAAAAAGUUCCAGAGUAAGGCUCUGCAAAAUGCAGCAGCAAUGAGAAAAUCUUUCUGCCCCCACCCUUCAAGCUAGUCUGAUUAGUUUCUUCAGCUGUCAUGCUUGGGAUUUCUGAGCAUAAGCUUGCGUGCGCUGCUGUAAUUUUGUUUCAUGUCAUGCUGUAGGUCUGCACCAGAGGGCUUUCGAUGUCUCGGUAUUGGACACUGUCUGUCUCUAGUCUGGACUUGGGGAUCUCUGUGAAUUAGUCCAGCACUUGAUAAUAUUUCAUUAUAUCCCAGUAUCUGAAAGUAUAAUUAACUUGAAAGCAAGUUAAUUAUGUAAAAUACUGCAGCAGCAUAUUUUUUCUUAAAAAAGAUGUUGCAACAUGGUGGUCACAGGAUGCAUUUGUCUUGUUACCCUACAAGCCCACCUACCUGUGGGCUACAAAGGGAAGUUAGAAGUGUGGAUUAAACUUCAAGCAGGUGAAAGUGAACAGUUUGCGGUUUUGAUAAAGGUACUCAAAACCUGGGCUGUAUUUCAUAUUCAGACACUUCACAGAUGCCAGCCACUAUGGUGGCAAAUUCACCAAAUUACACUAAUUAACAGAUUAUUGAUUUUGAUGGCUCACCAGGUAGAUGUUUGUCUCAAAAUUCUGAAACUGUUCCUUCUUUUCUGACCCCUCAUCUAUCAUGACCAGAUAAUUAAUAUUCUUUCUGGUAUUGCAGUAAGGCCAAUUUUGCAACGUAUCACACAACACGUCAGAAAUAAUGUAAGUUACGAAAGCUUGUCUAAGAAGGCAGAACACAGAGGGAGCCGGUAUUUGAGCAAAGUAGUAAGAAAUUUCUUUACCAUCUCCAAGAUGAUUGAAUUGCCCUGGGAAAGUGGAGAAAUGACAAAAGGAUGCACCUGGGGGUGGAAUGACAGAAGAGAGGAAACUCUUCAAGGCCAAAUUAUAAGGCAGAAUGAGUGUAGCAGUCAUCAGGGCAAAUGGCAAGGACUCAGAAAUGCUAUGGAUAUGCAGAACUGGUAAGGAACUGACUCCUAAUGCCACCUGUACAGGUCUUUAAGUCAUCAGUUGGGGAGUGCGUGGGACAGGGAGCUGCUGGGACAGUUUAUUCAUCAGGAAGUAAGUCCAAGAACGCCCCCUUCUCUCAGCAGGCCUGUGGGUU